AUGUGCUUUCCAUUCAUUCCCAAGAGGAAGCGGAGAAACCGUAGUGGGGGCCGAGCGCUUCGAGGAUUGGGCAUUUCUUCUCCUAGACAGAGCCUUGAGGAAACACUUGUCAGCUCACUGACCGUCUUGAGCAGCAACGAACGCUACGGUUUCAACAACAAUGACAGCCUGGAGAUGAACUCUGACAGCAGCAGCACCUUGAUGCCGCCGCCUCGCCUCGCCGAUCGCCGCAUCCUGGACCAGGCACGAUUCCGGACUUCUGUUGCCGUACCCUCUGGAAUCCAACUUGGCUCUGUGAACCGCAAUGAUGCAGACCGGCACCAUCAGACGGAGCGAGGAGCCGGUGGUGGUAGUCCCUCUCGGCAGCAAGGGCAGACUCAGUACCAUCAUCAUCACGAGCAUCAUCACCAUCAUGAUCACCAUCAUCACCAGGAGCAGGCACGUACAGGCACACACUCGCGUGGGCUGUCUCCAGGCGAGCACUAUCAACCUCCUGAAAAUGCUCAGCAGGAAGAAAACGGGGUCAAUGAUGUCGAACGCGUCCGGACAGGCAGCAUCCGCAGCAACAGCAACGGCAACGACCUGCCGCGAUUCCACUACCAGCAAGCCAACCACGGCUCGCAGGUUGCCCAGCUCGUCUUGUCUAACGAUGGAGACGGCGAAGAAAAUGACGCGGUCGACUCUCCGGGUCUAACAGGCAGAAUUUCAGGUCAAGCUCGUCCGAGAAGCAGUAGCCCCGUGAAAAGCAGCGGUAUCAAGGGAUCGAGAGGUCCAGGCCACCAUGACAACACCAGCCAAACGACCAUCCGGCUGGUCCAGCCAACUUAUCAGCACGAGCUAUUGCCCACGACGCCCGGAGGACUCGCGGCAGCAUCAUCUUCCGCAGGCAUGGACGGACGUGGCCGCUCAGAACACACGGCAUCAUGGGCCGGUUUCGCUCCUCCCCUGGAGGCAAGAGAAGAGCCCGUGAGCCCAGCUCACCCCACGACUCCAGCCAGUCACGACUCCGCGAAUUGGAUGAUCUCUUCUCAGGAUGAUGACUCCCGCGACGACAGCUACCCACCAAGAACCAGGAGUCCGGCCACGGGCAGAGUCGCCCAGAUUCAGAAAUCUCACAGCGCCCCCGUCACGCCUUUUCCCUCCCUGGGCAGUCACACCACCACCACUACCACCACCGACUACGGCAGCACCGGCACUCCCACGAAGACAUCUUCAUACUACUACCCGCCAGACGCCGCCGCGGCACGGUACGAAUCCUACCAGGCGCUCGACGUGAUCGACCAGGAGUCCAUCAAGUCUCGCCUGUCCGCCGAGCGGGACCGCGUGAUGGAGCGUCUCGCCCCGCGGCGAGGACCGAGUCCGUUCCCAUGUCUGUCUGGUGCUGAAGGCGCCACGAGCCCCCACGCUACCCCGAACCACCACAGUCAUGCUGACGGUCGCGCUCGCACUCGCACUCCAUCCGUGGGAGGCUCGUCCGUCUCGGCCUUCUCCUUCUCCAACACGCCGCCGGGCAUGAGUACCGCUCCACACACGCCUACGGGCAGAGCCUCCGCCGCGGGCCGGUACGGCGCUGGAACUGCCUCGCCCUUGGGUGCUGGUUCUGUGCGGAGGGGCAACAGUGACAAUGGCAGCGGCGGCGGCGGUGGUGGUAAUGGUGGCAGUAGCGGCGGCGGCAACAUCAGCGGCAUACUGGAUCGGGCAUGUCCCAAGUACAGGCCCAAGGACAAGGACAAGUCGCAAGGGGGUCCGAGGGAUGGUGGGAAUUAG